UGGAGAAAACAAUGGGGUAUUAAAUCAUCAGGCCCCUUCUUGGAAUAAAUCAGUUUUGAAGCGUUCGGCUAUAUAAGUCCGGUGUACGGUCAGCCGAGAUCAAAAACAAGUUGUGGUCAGAACUCUGGGAUUGUCCAAUCUCCUGAUCUGACCGUUACCAUGUACUGGUUUUUACAAGUCUGCCUUUUUGGUGCCAUUUUGGGAGUGAGAAGUUUUCCUUCUUCAGCUAUCAGUGAGACUGUAGAAGAAAACCCUUGCAUAUUAGCAUCUCCAGAAGGAUGGAGUGAGCUGGAGGAAUGUGACCCAACUGGGUGUGGAAAUGGCACAAACGGAUUACAGUGUGGGGGUCCUGAGCGUGGUGUUUGCGGCUGUGGGAGCUGUAUCUGUAACGUUGGCUGGAUGGGACCAACCUGUGACUGCCGCGAAACUGACAUCGACUGUUGGGUGCAGCCACCUCCUGACCCCAUUGGACAGGAGUCAGACAAUACUGAUGCUGAUUUAGACACACCAACCAACACUACCAACAUCACUUCUCCUGCACCCUACCACCUCCUGGUGCAGCUGGAGGAAGAUCUGGACCUUGAACCCCAGGGCCGUGUGAGGGGCCGCGGGCGGGCCUGGACCAGCUGGAACUGUGACAGGGUGACCGCGGUACCUUCCAAUGUCCGCAGCUCCAUGAGGCUUAGCUACUUCUACCAGAAAUAUCUUCAAUGCGUAUGGUAUCCCUGUCCUGAGCUCCAACCCGUGUGCCCGAUGCGACCCUCCGCCGUGCCUGUUAUGUGGUGCGGUUCCUGUUUGCAGAUCGACGGGAUGUCAGGGACAAUUUCUUUGACCGUUAUGGCAGACAUGCUCUCAUGGCUGUGUCAGAGCAAACAACUCACAUUCCCGAGCAUUCUUGGCUUGGUGCUAGUUGGAACCAGCGGGCACGUGGACUGGGAGCCACGGAGACACAUCCCGUGUCUACUGGGGGCGAGGAGAAUGCAGGGUGCUAUGGGCGCGGUCGUGACAGGUAUCAUGAAGAGGACAUCUUCCUCCAUGAGUCGGCGCACGGUCUCCACGGACUAGGUGCGAGGUACGCCAUCCCUGGGUGGCAGGCCAGGCUGCGGGCUGCCUUCAACAACGCUCGGGCGCGGGGGCUCUGGUACAACACAUACGCACAAACCACCAUACAGGAAUACUUUGCAGAAGGGGUACAGAGUUUUUUCAACGUGGAGUCCUACCGUAACCCUCCUGACGGGAUCCACAACCAUGUCAACACAAGGACCAAGCUGUACGGAUACGACCCUACUCUAUAUGGACUCAUCACGGAGUCUUCCCAUGCAGGACACUAUUGUAGACCGCUGUUCCAACC